AUGGGUGAUAAACCUGCGGUAAAGGCGAACGGUGUUGAAGAUUCAGCGUUGACAGUGGCAUCGAAAAAGAAUGGCAAGGCAAAACCAGAGCAAGAAGUUUAUGGCUGUGGCUUUGAAAGCGGACCCAGCCGUCCACCAACCCCCCAUGGCAUUGGUAUGCCAAACAACUUCGCGGAAGUUGUCAAGGGAGUCUACAGAAGUAGCUUUCCCAUGUCCGUUCAUCUCAGCAGCCUCGCGCAGCUUAACCUGAAGACAAUCGUUACUCUUGUUGAAGAAGAGUGGUCCCCUGAAUAUUCGGCCUUUGUAAGGGAGAAGGGAAUCACCUCUCGCAUCAUCCCUAUCCUUGCAAACAAGCAACCCGAUGUCUUCACUCCCUUCAGCACUAUUGUCGAGGUCUUGACCAUCCUCCUUGACACCAGAAAUCACCCUAUCUUGGUUCACUGUAAUAAAGGAAAGCAUCGCACUGGAUGCGUAAUGGCGUGUUUCCGUAAAGCUCAGGGAUGGAACUCUGUGUCUGCCAUUGCGGAAUACAUCUAUUAUUCGGCCCCCAAGACUCGGACUUUGGACCGUAACUAUAUCCAAGAAUUUGACGAGAGUUUGGUAGCCGACCUCGUCAAAAAGGCCGGUGCUCAAAAGUGGAUUCCAACCUUCCCACCCGUUAAAUAUUCUCUCGAUAGUGGCGAGGAAGAAAAUUCUCGUGUGAAUGGUAACAAUUUGAAGAAGCCAGAACUUGGAACCAGUGCACCCCCUGUUUCAUUCCAUGGUGCAAACGGACUCCGACAUACCCACAGCCUCUGA